GCAGAAGAAGGUUAGACAAUGGGGUGCAUUGCAUAAUGAGUUCAACCUGGGGACCUGCUAUUUUUAUUGUCUUUUCUACAAGUUCCGAUGAAACAUCUCAUUCAGAUUUUUAAAAAACAUGUGAUGCUUUUGAUGUUAUUAUGGCAAAUAACGGUUCACCUCAUUCAAACCAGACCAAACUUGAUUUCGGACACACAAUUCUAAUCUGCAUCUAUGCUGUUACCAUUUUCUUCAUGAUUGUACUUGGAUGCCUUUGCCUAAACAAGUAUCGGUCAAUGAAGAAGAUCAUACGGGAGCUGAGACAAGGGAGGCCGGCUGUGAUCCCCCAGGUUCCUUCCCAAGAUUCUCCCCCUCCAUCUCCUGGUGUCCUGAAAAUUCCUGAACGGCCGGACCGUACUACAGAGAAACCAUUACAGAGACAACAAACUAAAUCGAGCUGCAGAUUUCCCUGGAAGCCUCCACUACAGGUUCCUCAGUUCACAAAAGCAGACCUGAGCCUUAUUCAGCUCAUAAAGGCGGGUAGAGAAGGAGUCUUCUAUAAAGCAAGGAUAAUAAGGGGCACAUGUAGAGGCCAUUCACUGGUCACUUGCAAAAUUGGAAAAGAAGGUAUCACCUCAAAGCAGAUGGAAAAUGAGGUGUCUAUUAUGAGAAAGCUGGCGUAUCAUAAAAAUGUGAUGCAGCUGCUGGACUGGAAUACAGCGGAAGAGCCGUAUAUGCUGAUCAUGGAGUUCAUGAGCUACGGAACCCUGCGCAGUUUUGUUCAGAAACAAAAAGAUGAACUGAUUGCUGACCCUGAACUGCAGAGCCAGUUCACCAUCGCGUCCUACCACAUCGCCCUGGCCAUGGAGCACUUACGCUCCAAAAUGGUGGUGCACAGUGACCUUGCCUUAAGGAACAUUCUGGUGAGUCAAUUCCCAUGGGAGGUGAAGGUAGCAGAGUUUGGCCUGGCCAGAGACUUGACCCGUAUGAGGAGCAGACGCAGCAGCAGAAAAAAACAACACAAGGAGCGUGUGCCGCUGCGCUGGUAUCCUCCAGAAUACUUCAGAAACAACUACUACAGCUUUAAGGGAGAUGUCUGGGCGUUUGGUAUUGUGCUGUGGGAAAUGCAGACAUUCGGCACCUUGCCGUAUCCAAAUCUGAACACAUCUGAGGAAGUGGUGUAUAGUGUCUGUGCUGGUUAUAAGAACACUGUCCCCGAUACCUGCCGUCCAGAAAUAGAACAGGUCAUGCAAGACUGCUGGUUGGUUCCCUACACAUCUAGACCUACAUUUACAGACAUUGUCAAGAUCCUGGAGAGUAUGGUGGAGAGUGAUGGGGAUUAUGUGGAAGUUGACAAACAACGGAUCAUGAAUGCAGAAGAAAAGUUAAUUUAA